AUGGUGAGGUUUACAAGCAAGAGGCCUAUUCUUCUUCAAGGUCACGAGCGUUCGUUAACGCAAGUCAAGUACAACGCCGAGGGCGAUCUGUUGUUCUCUUGCUCGAAGGAUGAUACAGUGAACGCCUGGUAUUCGCACAACGGGGAGCGGCUGGGAACAUAUGGGGGACACAACGGAACUGUGUGGACACUGGAUGUGGACUACCAAACAAAAUUCCUCGUCACAGGAUCCGCCGACAACAUGAUGAAGCUCUGGGACGUAGAAACAGGGCAAUGUCUCUAUACAUGGGAGUUCUUGACUGCUGUUAAGCGUGUAGCAUUUAGUGAAGAUGGAGAGCUCAUCGUGUGUGUAACGGAGCAGCGUGCGGUUGCCCAGGGUGCUAUUCGCGUUUUCAAGAUCAACAGGCAUGAUGGGCGGAUCCAGGACCCAGAACCGAUAUCACUCUUCCACCCUAUCGGUACGAAAGCUACAUUGGCCUCCUUCGGGUGGGAUAGCAAGCACAUCAUCACUGGUCACGAAUCCGGCAAGGUUGCCAUUUUCGACGCCAAGACCGGUGAAGAGCUUCGCGCAAACGAAAAGGCACAUCACGAGCCUGUGACUGACCUGCAGCUUGCUCCGGAUCGCAGUUAUUUCGUUACGAGCAGCAAGGACAAGAGUGCUAGGCUUCACGAUAGCCGAACGCUUGCCGUGCUCAAGACCUAUACUACUGAGACGCCGCUGAACAGCGCAGCUAUUGCACCUCUACGGCCAUAUGUUCUUUUGGGAGGUGGACAAGAUGCAAUGAGUGUGACGACCACAUCGCUACGUCAAGGCAAGUUCGAAACCCGGUUCUGGCACAAAGUCUUCGAGGAGGAGGUUGGGCGCGUUCGUGGUCACUUCGGUCCUAUCAAUACCAUUGCUGUCCACCCUGAUGGCCGGAGCUAUUCGUCUGGCGGCGAGGAUGGCUUUGUCAGGGUACACUUUUUCGAUGUCAGCUAUUUCAAGGCGCGGCCGUACGGUGACCUUGAGGCAGAAGAGUAG